AUGGAAUAUCUCUUAAAGAUUUUAUGCCUUUUUUAUUUAGUCUCUUCCAUUUUAAAACUUUUCAACUUGAUUCUUAAACGUAGAAACCAAUCGUGUUACAUAUUAGGCUAUGAGUGUUUCAAACCAAAAGAAGAAACCAAACUCAACACAAACACAUGUGCAAAAAUACUGUUUAGAAAGAGAAGCCUUGGUAUAGAGGAACUUAGGUUUCUCGUAAAAGCCAUGGUUAGUUCAGGAAUAGGUGAAAACACUUACGGUUCAAAAAACUUUCUUGAAGGAAGAGAAUCAUGUCCAACUCUCAAAGACACAUAUGAAGAAAUAGAUGAAGUCAUGUUCGAUACACUCGACAACCUUUUCAAAAAAACAUGUUUCUCUCCUUCAGAAAUAGAUAUUCUUGUUGUUAAUCUUUCAUUAUUUUCGCCAAUACCUUCAAUCACAUCAAGAAUAAUUAACCGAUACAAAAUGAGAGAAGAUCUAAAAGUGUUCAAUCUUUCAGGAAUGGGGUGUAGUGCAAGUCUUAUAGGUGGUUGUGCAAUUUUAUUGACGAACAAAACGGGGCUGAAAAAGAAAGCUAUCUUGAAACUGAAACAGAUAGAAAGAACAUAUUUCAGCACUGAUGAAGCUUACAAUUGUUGCAUAAGACUGGAAGAUGAAGAAGGUUUUGAAGGCGCUCGACUAACCAAAAGUCUUGUUAACUGUGCUGCACAAGCUUUAACAUUAAAUUUGAAGAGGAUGGUUCCAAAGAUUCUCCCACUUUGGGAACUGGUAUGGUUAUUUACAGUUUCUCUACGCAAUGGUAUCAAGAAAAUUCAGUUGAAAAAUGGAAUUGAACAUUUUUGUGUUCAUCCUGGUGGUAGAGCAGUUAUUGAUGGAGUUGGUAAAGGUUUAAUGUUGAAUGAAUAUGAUCUUGAACCAACUAGAAUGGCACUUCAUCGUUGGGGUAAUACUUCUUCUAGUGGAAUAUGGUAUGUUUUAGGGUAUAUGGAAGCAAAAAAGAGACUUAAAGAAGGUGAUAGAAUUUUGAUGAUUAGUCUUGGAGCUGGUUUUAAGUGCAAUACUUGUGUUUGGGAAGUGAUGAGAGAUUUAUCUGAUACCAAUGUUUGGACUGAUUCUAUUCAGAGUUAUCCUCCACCGUUAUUGAAGAAUCCUUUUAAGGAAAAAUUUAAUUGGCUUAAUGAUGAUUAUCUUAGCUUUGUGAGCUUUGUGAGGUUGGAUUUUAGCACAAUGAAGAUUGAUAAUUAA